AUGACUACGACGCAACGAGGGCUCUGCCCUGCUCCCUUCUAUCAAGAAGACAUCUUUCCUGCCAACGGUGGAUUUGUCUCCGGCCGCUUCUGCCAAACGUCCUCUACUCCAAUAGGCAACAUCUCAUGCUGUCUGCCUUGUCCUGCUUACGACUGGACGUACUCAGAUGGAUUCAUCCAACGAACCGAAGCCGCCAACUGGUUGAACGUGGCAGCAAUGGUGGCAACCAUGUUUUGCCUUCUGUCAUUUUUUAUUCUCCCUGUGAAAUGGACACAUCGGCACUAUCUGAGCAUAUGUCUGGCACUUGGAGUGGGUUUUAUGGAGCUUGCAUUCAUCGUGCCUCUGGGAUCAAAGCCUGAGCAGUGCUUCAAUGCCAUCACGCCAAACGAUAUGCGAUCAAGUACCUCGUGCGCCUUUAGUGGAGCCUUUCUCCUGUUCGGAGGCUGGGCUGCGGUCAUGUGGGUUUUCUGGAGAGCUCUUUCGCUACAUCUGCAGAUAUGCUGGGAAGUCGUACCCGGGAAUACCUUUUUCUAUUCUGCCCUUGCUUUUGGCUGGGGUAUUCCAGCAAUAGCUCUGGCUCUAGCCCUGAGCCUGACAGGAGUGUCUUAUCGCUUUGGAACUGUCUGCCACAUCAACCACACCAACGGCCUACAAGUGUUCUGGGGUCCAUUGCUUGCCUUUGCAGCGGCAUCUCUCAUCAUCCAAGGCAUUACCUUCGGCUAUUGCAUCCAAGUCUACGUGAAGUCUUUGCUUGACGAUGAUCCAACAACAGACGUUAGUUCCGGGCUUCCUUCCUAUUCAGGGAGUGUUCGAACGAGGACUGCCCGACAGGCAGUCAGAAGGGUGCAGAAGGUCAUCCAGUUACAAUGGAGAGGCGUGGCGGUUGUCCUGAUCAUCAUUGCUGAAGUCAUCUUCUUCGCAGUGGUCUUUGUGUCGAUGGACAACAACAUGAUAUCCACUGAAGCUGAUGCAGACAAGGCCCGCCCGUGGCUGAGGUGUCUGAGAGAAUCAGGAGGCAGGAAGGCUGAAUGUGUACAUCUCGCCCGUGAACUCGUAGUCAAGGAAUCCACUAUCCUAGCCGUCUUGGUGUGUCUUGCACUGAGUGGCUUCUGGGUGGUCCUCCUCCUCGGCCGCUGGUCGAUGGUGUUGGGCUGGAUUGACCUUUUCAAGCGACGCUUUAGUCGCCAACAUGAAUUUGUUUCCGCUGAUGCUCGGCGACUCUCGAAUGAUCCCCGAACUUACGAAAUGCUCAAUUCCGUAACGUCUCCACAGACGGCUGUGAAAACGCCCGAGCGCGCUGCAAUGAGUCCGAACUCACUUUCUGUGACCCAGAGGUCGCCGGGCGUCGAUCAAAAGAUAGAUUACUUUGGACGAGAGGCGAGAUAUCAAAGUCCAGCCACAAGCUUCUCCUCACCCAGGCCACCAAGUGCCGGUGGAUGGCCCCGGGAUCGCCCAGCAACAUUCUCCUCGCUAGGAUCUCCAAAGGAGAUGAAGGAAUAA